CCGCCGCUGCGCUCCCUCCGGGCCGCUCCGGCCCCUGCUCGCUUCAUGUGUCCCGGCCCGCGGCGGCCGGCGGCUGGGAGCGGCGAGGCGGCGGCCAGUGGCGGCGGGCGAGACCCGGGAGGUGGUGGCCGAGGCCCAGGCGGCGGCGGCGGCGGAGGCCGAGGCGGCGGCGGACGGGAAGCGGCGGGAGCAGGCCCGGCCCGGCCCUCAGGCGGCCGCCGGCUGCAGCAUGCGCGUCCGCCGGGGGCUGCUGCGGCUGCCGCGCCGCUCGCUGCUCGCCGCGCUCUUCUUCUUCUCGCUCUCGUCCUCGCUGCUCUACUUCGUCUAUGUGGCGCCGGGCAUAGUGAACACCUACCUCUUCAUGAUGCAAGCUCAAGGCAUUCUGAUCCGGAACAACAUGAGGACAAUAGGUGCUCAGGUUUAUGAGCAGGUGGUUCGGAGCGCUUAUGCCAAGAGGAACAGCAGCCUAAAUGACUCAGAUUAUCCUCUUGACUUGAACCACAGUGAGACCUUCCUACAAACCACAACUUUUCUUCCUGAAGACUUCACCUACUUUGCAAACCAUACCUGUCCCGAAAGGCUCCCUUCCAUGAAGGGCCCAAUAGACAUAAACAUGAGUGAAAUUGGAAUGGAUACCAUUCAUGAACUCUUCUCCAAAGACCCUGCCAUCAAGCUCGGAGGUCACUGGGCACCUUCCGAUUGCGUGCCCCGAUGGAAGGUGGCAAUCCUCAUCCCCUUCCGGAACCGCCACGAGCACCUCCCAGUCCUGCUCAGACACCUGAUUCCCAUGCUUCAGCGCCAGCGCCUGCGGUUUGCAUUCUAUGUCAUUGAGCAAGUUGGCACCCAGCCCUUCAAUCGAGCCAUGCUUUUCAAUGUCGGCUUUCAAGAAGCAAUGAAGGACUUGGACUGGGACUGUCUUAUUUUUCAUGAUGUGGAUCACAUACCUGAAAGUGAUCGUAACUACUAUGGAUGUGGACAGAUGCCAAGGCAUUUUGCAACUAAAUUGGAUAAGUAUAUGUAUCUGCUUCCUUAUACUGAGUUCUUCGGCGGAGUGAGUGGCUUAACAGUGGAACAAUUUCGGAAAAUCAAUGGCUUCCCUAAUGCUUUCUGGGGUUGGGGUGGAGAAGACGACGACCUGUGGAACAGAGUACAGAAUGCAGGCUAUUCUGUGAGCCGGCCAGAAGGUGACACAGGGAAGUACAAGUCCAUUCCUCAUCACCAUCGAGGAGAAGUCCAAUUUCUUGGAAGGUAUGCUCUGCUGAGGAGGUCCAAAGAGCGGCAAGGGCUGGACGGCCUCAACAACUUGAACUACUUUGCAAACAUCACAUAUGACGCCUUGUAUAAAAACAUUACCGUCAACUUGACACCUGAGCUGGCUCAGGUGACCGAGUACUGAAUGAGGAGGGAAUGUGUGUUGCUUUACCCACCACCACCAAGAAAGCAGCCUGAUGUGUGGAGAUGUCUUGGGGCUCCACACGGGAUGGGAAUUAGAAAAACGGUGUCUAAUGAAGGAUCACAGGGUUCAAGGGAAACUGUGAACAGAGUACACGCACAAAACGCCUUCGCUGUUUGGACCCGCUGGGAUCGAGGGAGUCCGCCCGGGAACUCCUUUCGUCAGGACUGCUUUCUAUUUCCACAAGACAGACGUCUGUCCUGCUGCUCUUCUCCCCGCCUCCUCCCCAGCGUCCCAUCUUAGCCACAAUCUCCAGAACCGGAACUGUGAUCCGCCGUGGACCUGCCCCAGAGCCUGCCCUACAAAUGGCCUUUGGAGCUUCUUGGCCUUCAGAGCAAAGAGGCAAACAAACGCACCACAGGGCAGCUGUGUUUUAGGAAGAGCAAAUGAAACUCCGCACACCAUCGUCUCUGGUGUUCUCUUCGUUUCAUUUUUUUUAAAUUACCUGCUUUGGGUGGGGACUGAGGGUAGAGGGGAGGGAUUGGGGAAGACAAAUAGACAUGUAACAAUCACUUCUUGAAGAAGUAUAAUUGUAAAUAAGCCAUGUAAAAUGCCUUUUUUAAAUUUAAUUUUAUAGCUGG